CAUGGCAAAACAUGGCAAAGCGAAGCAACGUGUUGAAACAUGUGUAUCGGUAGAAAUUGUGCGCAACAUUUUAAUAAAAUAAUCAGUACGGAUAUUGUGUUGAAAGAAAUUUAUAAGAUAUAGAUUUGUUUAUAAUUUUAUUAAAUAAAAUUAACAUCUUACUAUUAAGGUAUAUUGUACAAUCAGUGAUAUUUUCUAAUUUGAUACCUCGUGGAGGUUAGAAUUCUGAUUGUUUAAACAAUAAGCCGCUAAAUGGGUCGUAAAAUAAAUUUUGAGAGUAAAGCUCCUACAGGACGUGGAAGAAAGGCGAAAAAGCAAAGUGAUCCAACUUUUCCAAAAGGAGUUCUCGUUAAAGAUGAAAACAAGUUAAGUCAUCGACAAAAGCAACGAGCAAAGAAGAGAUUACUGAAGAAUGAACAGCUGAAAAAAGAGGCAAAAAAAUUACUCAAGAAAAAAAUUAAUGUGGAAGAAGAACAUAUACAAUUGAAAAAUGGAAAAGAUAUAUCAAAGCAACUGAAGAAAAAGAAAGAAAAAAAGAUUAAGACAGUUAUCAAUAACGAUCAUCAUAGAGAUGAUAUGAAGAUUCAUUCUGAUAAUCUAUCUGAGUCAAAAACAAAAGUAAAGCAACUUGUAAACAAAAAAAGAAUAAAACAGAAAAAUAAAAAAGUGGAUAAAGAUGAGAGAAACGAACAAGAUAUGAGUGAUAAUGAUAAUCAAUUACUCCUUACAAAAUCAAAGAAAAAUUUAAAGAAAGGAAAACAGAAAUUUGUGAACAAUACAGAAGACGAUAGUGAGGAAAUGGCGCUCAGUGAUGAGGAAGAAUCUAUUGAUGAUGAAGAAUUUAUUGAUGAUGAUCAAAAGGAGCAGGAUGAAGAGGAAAAUGAUGAAAGUAAUGAUGAUGACAAUUUACUGUCGAUAAAGAAAGCUAACACAAAAUUAAAAAAGAAAAAGCAAAAAGAAAGUGAUAGUUAUGAAAUAGCGCUUAGCGAUGAGGAAGAAUCUGUUGACGAUGAUCAAAUGGAGCAAGAUGAAGAAGAGGAAAAUGAUGAAAGUGAUGAUGACGAUUUACUGCCGAUAAAGAAAGCUAAUACAAAAUUAAAAAAGAAAAAGCAGAAAGAAAGUGAUAGUGACGAAAUAGCGCUUAGCGAUGAGGAAGAAUCUGUUGACGAUGAUCAAAUGGAGCAAGAUGAAGAAGAGGAAAAUGAUGAAAGUGAUGAUGAUGAUGAUUUAUUGCCAAUAGAAAAAGCUAACAUAAAAUUAAAAAAGAAAAAGCAGAAAGAAGAAAAACUUGCACAGGAAGAAAUGGAUGAUAUGACGGCUCAUCAAAGCGUAUUUACGUUUCCAACUGAAGAAAACGGUGACAAUAUCACUGACUUGAAAGAUAUUCAGCAGCGAAUACGAGAUGUUAUUAUAGUACUAUCAGAUUUUAAGAGAUUACGAUCGGAAAAUAUACCACGUUCUGCAUACAUAGAACUACUUCAACGAGACUUAUGUAUAUAUUACAGUUAUAAUGAUUUCUUAAUGGAGAAAUUGAUACAAAUGUUUUCACUGGACGAGUUAGUAGAAUUUUUAGAAGCGAGUGAGGUAGAGAGGCCUAUGACCAUUCGCACAAAUACUUUAAGAACACGACGGCGCGAUCUAGCAGAGGCUCUAAUCAAUAGGGGUGUUAAUCUCGAUCCGAUAGGAAAAUGGACGAAAGUUGGUUUGGUGGUAUAUUCCUCCCAAGUACCCAUGGGCGCAACACCGGAGUAUCUAGCUGGACAUUAUAUUAUACAAGGCGCUUCCAGCUUCUUGCCCGUUAUGGCACUGGACCCGAAAGAAAAUGAGAGAAUUCUCGACAUGUGCGCCGCACCAGGCGGUAAAGCAUCACAUAUUGCCGCUCUCAUGAAGAAUACCGGAACACUGUUCGCUAACGAUGUAAACAAAGAUCGAUUGAAGGCUGUUAUUGGAAACUUCCACAGACUUGGGAUUGUCAAUUCCAUAAUCUGCAGUUACGAUGGGAGAAAAUUCCCCACGAUUAUGAAAGGCUUUGACAGAGUCUUGUUAGAUGCUCCAUGCACAGGCACGGGUGUAGUCGCGAAAGACCCAAGUGUAAAAACAAAUAAGGAAGAAAUAGACAUUCAGCGUUGUUGCACCUUGCAGAGAGAAUUGUUACUAGCUGCGAUAGAUUGCGUCAAUGCGCGUUCAGAAACAGGCGGUAUUAUUAUUUACUCGACUUGUUCGAUUUUACCGGAAGAGAACGAGUGGAUUAUCGAUUAUGCUCUCAAGAAACGCGACGUUAAGUUGUUGCCAACUGGUUUGGAAUUUGGAACCGACGGUUUCACAAGUUAUAGACAACAUCGAUUUCACCCUUCAUUAAAGUUAACUAAACGAUUUUAUCCGCAUGUACAUAAUAUGGAUGGUUUCUUUGUAGCAAAACUGAAAAAAUUCUCUAACAAUAUUCCUAAAAGUGUAAAGGACGAAACAUCUAAUUAAAAUGUUAACAGAUUUAUACAAUUUUCUUUAUAAUCUAAUUACAAUGUUGCUACAAUUA